AUGGCGACGCCUCCGACCGUGCGCGUGUACGUGGGCGGCCUGCCGGCGGACGCGCGCAACCAGGAGCUGCGCGAGCGCUUCGGCCGCUUCGUGAGCAGCGGCGCGGACUGCCAGCUGGCGGACGUGGAGCUGCCCAAGCCCAAGGCGCUGGAACCGGCCGGCGGCGCGCACCGCGGCUUCGCGUACCUGACGCUGCGCGGCGCGGACGCGGACGCGCAGAGCGAGAAGCUGCAGAAGACCUUCAACCGCACCAAGUGGCGCGGCUCCGUGCUCAAGCAGCAGCAGCAGAUGAACACGCCCGCGGAGACGCUGCAGCCACUGAAGGUGGGCGUCAGGUUCAAGGGCAGGAAGAGGACCAGGUUCCCCGAGCUAGAGGAGGGGGAACAGGAGCAGAACGUGAUUGGGGAGGACGAUGUGGAGGCUUUCGUGCGGCAGAUGGAGGAGCAGGCCGCGCGUGAGAUGGAGGCCGAGCAGGGAGAGAAGAAGGAGCUGACGAAGGAGGAGAUGAACGCGCGUCGUCUGGCGGCGUUGGAGGCCAAGCAGCAGCGGAAGAAGGAGGAGAAGGUGGUGAUCCCCGCGGCUGGAGAGGCCGUGGCGAACAAGAAGAUCACGUUCGAUGACAGCGGCAACGAGCAGGAGCCGGACGAGCAGGAGGAGGAAGAGGGUGCCGGCGUUAUUUCCAACUGGAUGGACUCGAGCGAUGACGAAGAAGAUGGGGAGGAGGCUGGGCGUGCAGCUCGCAAGACAUUUGACUUUACGGACGGCGACGACGCUGAUGCUGCGGCGGAUGCUGCUGACGCGGAGACCCAGGCUGCGUUCGCGCUGCGACCCGAGUUUGUUGGUGAGAAGGGUAAGAAGCUGUUCGAAAUGCAGAAGCGCUUCGGAGGCGACUCUCGUUUCCGUCUGGACGCGCGUUUCCUGGAAGAGGACGCCAACGAGUACGGCGGCAACGAUGUGGAUGAGGAGGAGGACCAGGAGAUCGAUGAGGAAGCCGUUGUUGAGCUGCAGAACUUCUUGGAGGAGGAGAACCCCGAGGAAGCUGCUCGCCACGCGCGCGAGAUGCGCGAAGAGGAGGAAGCCGCGCUGCGCGUAGUGUCCAAGCUGUUCCCCGAUGUCGACGUGACGCGGUUACAGCGACGGAUGCAGGAGCAGCGCAAGCCCAAGGAUCCGCUGAAGGAAGCCGCGUGGAUGGGAGAGCUGAAGCGCUACGACCCGCGCGACGCCCACGCGUGCCGCGAGUUCGAGAUCCCGAUGACGACUGCGGCAUCUGGAGCGCAGAAGAGUGAGGAGGAUGCCGUUGCUGCACCCAAGCGCGAGGAGAAGGAAAUCCCUACGGGUGGCGACCGCUUCUUCGCCACUACCGGCGACUUGAGCAACCUCUUCUCGCGUGUGCGCAAAAACUCGGAGGACGGCGAGGAAGGCGAAGCUGCGCUUGAUGGCGUGUUUGGCUUUGGCUUUGGGGGUGGCGCUGCGUCUACCGAGACCGGCGGUUCUGAAGCUCCGUUCAAGCUCAGCUCUCUGUUCUCGUUCCCUGUCGGAGAGGACAAGCCACUGGCUGCUAUGGGUGAGCAGCUCCUCGAAGACGAGCAGGAGGAGGCUGCUGCUGCACCAGACUGGGCAUUCUCGCAAGGUGUCAACGACCUUGAGGACGAAGCUAUGGCCACGGACAGUGAAGCCGGCGAUGAUGCGGAGACCGAGGAGGAGCAGGACACGGCCGCGCUGACCAAGAAGCGCGCCAAGAAGAGUCUGGAGGACUUCCUGGCAUUCGGUAGGACCUUCGUCGGUGGCGAAGAAGUACAGGACUGGCCCGAGCGACGGAAGAAGCUCACGCUCGACUACAAACGCAAGCGGCGCGACGCCGUCAAGAUGAAGAAGCGUCAGAACAAGCAGCAGAACAAGGCCAACAAGGCCAAGACAGAGGCCAAUACUACGGGCGCAGGGGCGUCGAAGUGGAAGAAAGCCAGGGUCUAA